AUGCCUCUGGUGCUCGUCCUCCUAGCUUCACACAUAAGGGGCCGCGUGAACCCAAGCUCUCAAUAUUUUCUCAUUCCCUAUAUCAUCGCUGAUAUCAGGAAAGCUAAGUUACCUCAAGGGAACAAAGUUUCUGGCAUGACUUUCUCCAGAUGCUUCAUCCCACCAAUUCUUCAAACCUAUGGACAAAAGGAAAUUAAAAAUGACAAGGGAGUGCACCAGUUUAUGAAGAAAGAGGCACUCUUGAAAGAUAGAAAACCCUAG